AUGGUGUAUUCUUGUGGAAAGGAUACGGACAAUGCCGCGCCCGAAAGGAUUGGCCGGUCCGGUGACCUCAAAUUCGGCCAAUCGUCACUGUCAUCCAUCAGUUUUCUUUUCGCCUUAAUGUCGAUGCUGCGGCGUAGACGCGUGCAUUUCAUGCCGAGGGCCAUCAAGACAACUUCCAAGGCGAUGCUGGAUUAUUCGUAUUUGGCUAGUAUACGCGAUGAUACAUUAAAUUGUCGUUCUUCGUCUCGUGCUCAUUUUCCCGGUACUGAAGAGAGCGAUGGAACAAUUUUAAGAUACUCCCUGUAUCGUAUCGAAGACAAAAAAUGA